UUCCUCGCGGCGCGCCUGCAACUCGAGCAGUUAUUUCCUGGAUCGCCGAGUUCCCCUUUAAGGGGCAGCGAUCAGUGCUGGGAAUUCACGUCAACUCGGCUCCCAAACACUCCGGCAGAUCAAUGAGCUGAGCGCGUUUCUCUUUUCGGCUUCUGUCUUCCAGGAAGCGGGCAGCUCGCAAAAUGUAAAAAAAAAUAGGACAAGGGCGAGAGAAAGAAAUCGCAAAACGUAAAUAAGAGGAACGUCUUUUCACAGCCACGUUUAGAAGGAAACAAAGUCGCGGUGCGCGAUCGGACACUGGAAGAGGAAUAGGAGGAGGAGGAAAGGGGACGGGAGAGUGACGAGGAACAGAGGGGAUGAACGUGCUUCUCUGGAUUAUUUCAAGGAAAUACGGGAAAGGGGACCGCGAGGGGGGUAGAAUUGACCCCUUCAUCCCUUUGGGGAACUUCCUGGAUUGCACGAGACAUGUCUGAAGCGCCUCUCCAACUGGCGGUGAAGCAGGAAAGGAUCUCGUACACACCUCCUAAGAGCCCUGUGUCAAACUACGCUUCGUCUCCGGUACAUGUUCCAACACAAAGAGCCAGCAGCACCAUGGAGGAAGAGCUAAUCAGACUGCCAACACACCUGCGCUUACAACCCAUUUAUUGGGCGAGGGAGGAUGUGUCCCAGUGGUUAAAAUGGGCCGAAAAAGAAUUCUCUUUACAUCCCAUUGACAGCAACACCUUUGAAAUGAACGGCAAAGCCCUUCUGCUACUCACCAAAGAGGACUUCCGUUAUAGAUCACCACAUUCAGGAGAUGUUUUGUAUGAACUUCUUCAGCACAUCCUGAAGCAAAGAAAAGCCCACUCAAUGCGUCCACCAUCCUAUUUUUUCCCCGGAAACUCCUUGUCAGCACAGACAGAAUCCAGGCUUCACCAGCAAAAAUAUGGCGAGACCAUAAGGCUCAGUUCCAGGGUUUCAGAAAAUAUCCACCAUACUCCACCCACUAUUGAGCUUCGACACCGGCCCCGAACACCUACAGUUAACAAUCGGGCCUCUUCACCUGACACAGAUCAUCAUGUACAGAGAUCCCCUGUGCAAAGCGCUCCAUGUAGGUUAUCUCCAGAAGUGGGACCCCCUGGCCAUCCCCAUCCUGAAACAAACCAGAACUGUACCUCAGAUGAACUAUUUCACCUAUCUGUGUCUCCAGUGGAGAACAACAAUAACCAGUGUGGUACUCCCUCUGAUGGCCAGGGCUGUGGAAGUCCCUACCCAGACAACCCUCGAGUGAUUCAACUGAUGCCCAGUCCCAUCAUGCACCCAAUGAUUAUCAACUCUCGACAUCCUUUAGAAUUCAAGCCCAGAAUUUCAGAAAAUGGGCACGUGAGAGAUGGCAAGCCAAUGAACCUGUCUCACCGUGAAGAACUUCUGUAUAUGAAUCAUACAAUGGUGCCUGUUUCUCCACCGGAAGAGCAUUGUCUUCCAAUUGGAAGGAUUGCAGAUUGCAGAUUGUUAUGGGAUUAUGUUUACCAGCUGCUCUCUGACAGUCGGUACGAGAAUUACAUCCGAUGGGAAGACAAAGAAAGCAAGGUUUUCAGAAUAGUAGAUCCAAAUGGACUUGCUCGGCUGUGGGGAAACCACAAGAAUAGAACAAAUAUGACAUAUGAAAAGAUGUCAAGAGCAUUGCGGCAUUACUACAAGUUGAACAUCAUCCGCAAGGAGCCAGGACAAAGACUUUUAUUCAGAUUUAUGAAAACCCCAGAUGAAAUUAUGAGUGGCAGGACUGACCGCCUUGAACACCUGGAGUCUGACCUGGACGACCAGAUGUAUGUGGAAGAAGAGUGUUGAUGUUUGUGACGUCUGAAGUGAACCGUGGAAAUAAUUUAAUGUAUGGGGAGCUUUGUAUUUUUGUAAAAGCACAAAUUGGUGCUUCACUUUACACUUGAUGCAAAACUUUAUAGCACCUUAUAUGUGAGCUUCAAAUUGAGAAUUAAGACGUAAAUCUACUGAUUGUUUUAUGUCAAACAAUGCAUCUGAAGAGGGUUCUUAAAGUCAUAAAUUAAUAGGAGCAGUUGGGGGACAUUUACAAUGAUUCAAAUAUCUGAUUGUUUAGAAGGGGAUGCAGUUGUCAAGUUGUCUCUGGCAUGCUACUGAUGAAGGUCACAUGGAGAACACCUUUCCAUCCGCCCUGCACUUUUGUGUCAUGCAGUA